AUGCCUAGCUUUGCGUGGUGUCACGCACAGCAGUUCUUUUACCAUCGCGACCCCUUUUAUUCCUUCCAUGUUUCACAUCGCAUCAUGAAUCGUUCUUUCAAUCUGCUAGGGAUGCUUUUUCUAUGCGGCCGAGUGCAAUCCAUUUUGAUGUUGAAAUCGACGCAGUCCUGUCGACAGCAUUCGGGAUUGCCAACGACAACCCUGCCCCCAAUCUCACGUCGGCAAGUGUUGCAACGGAUCGCCAUCGCGACUACCGUAUCCUGUACAGUCCUGCUGUGUCCUUUCCAACGUGCCGUUGCGGCGGAAAUGAACGUUGGGGCACCUGUGCCCGUCUUUCGCGCUACCGCUGUCGGACGAUCCGAAUACACCAACAGCAUCACGGCAUCUCGCGAUACGAACAUUUCCCCACAGGAAGCGUACGACGUCAUUCUACAGCAGAUUCCCAAAGCUCGCACAGCGACAGGGACGACGCAAGUACAGUCUCCGCCAAUUGCACUCGAUUUGGGAGCCGGGGCAGGAUUGUCCACGGCUGUCCUGUACCAGGACCUUGGCUAUCGUCGAAUCGACGCGGUCGAUUGGAGUGCCGACGCUUGGGAUGCCAACGUGGUGGCACCUGUCCCGGAAUCGGUGAAGUUCUACCAGGCAUCCGAUCAAGCCUUUUUCGAUCGAUUGGAUGAAGGACGACGUCAGCAACCAGAACAAAAACCAACCAGUCAGGAUGCAAAUGAACCAUCUCUUCAGACUCGUCGGGACGCAUACAGCUACGACGUGAUUGUCUACAAUUUUGCCGUCAAUCCGCAAAAGGCGAUCAAGGUGGCAAAGCAACGAUUGAAACCGGACGGGCUGUUGCUGGCACCCGUCAACGAUAAGGCCGACUACUGGUACAAACAGUCUUAUUGGGUCGUCGACGCCUCCGGCACGGUCGUAUGGACAUCCCGACCCGAAGUAGGUGCCUGGAGCGUCCAAUUCCAACCCGAUGUUACCAGUGAUACCUGCACCGGUAUUUGGUGCGGUAACUUCAACGGAUUCGCUGCCCGCCGAUGACAGACGCGUAACAACUUUGUUUACUGCUACCUCCAGUGAGCGAUUGUGGAAUAUUGAGCACCCCGAUGUAGGGCGGAAUGCCACCAGUCACGAGGUUGGUAAUUGAUGUACCACAGGCGAUGAGAGAGCGAAUGGCUUAACACCAUACCUUGCUAGCCGCCUUACUGGCACUCACACUCACCCGUUCUUAAAAACCGGUCUAGCUCAUUUAGC